AUGGCUCCGUCUGUGGUACAUCUGCCAGAUGGACAGGGCUUCACUGUGACGCCCGUUUUCUCUGGGCUGUUUUUCAAGUCCAAUGAGCUCAACAAGCUCCAGACGCCGUUUCCUUCCGGAUGGACCGUCGUCCUACACAGCGAAAGCGAGGACAGUGCCGAAGACCAACUCGAAGCUCUCGCUAUUAAAGACGACGCGAACGAAGGUCGUCACGGGCAUAGUCAUAGUCAUAUCCACAGAUACACCACACCGACCCUCCAGAAUGACACCAUCUCCAUCUCCUCGAUAUCGAGCCCAUCGAGCAGCGAGUACAAACCCCACGCGAGCCCCUCUCGCCAGAUAGCCUUGAUGCUCUACGUCACCUUGUACUGGUACUUUCAACAACCCGAGCCGUUGCCGUACCUGGACUCGGACCGCUCGAAACAUACGCCACUCGAAGCGAAGCCGCGGGCCGACUGGCGCAUCAGGGUGAAGCGUGCAGGGGUAUUCCACUCGAAGAAUAUGAUUCCGAAGAUGGAGAGAAUGGGACUCGUCACGACGUUUGAUACCGCUGUUGGAACGAGUGUCGACGAGAACAGUCAGGGAUGGGACCAGAUGUUUGUUACUCGCCGCAUGUUCUGGCAGAUCCAUAGCGGGCUCUUCCUCUUCACGCUGCAGCCGAUCAAACCACACCCAGGGUCACCUGUGAGCAGUAGGCCUACUUCACCUGUUAGAAACGAGGGAAAGAAGGCAUUUCAUUCCCCGGCAGCCUCCUUGGGCAGCUUGGCCGCUGAUGUACCUGGAGGACCGAUCCCGACUACUGUGUCCGGUGCGCCGAGUACCCCUAUUGGACCAUACUAUUCCUCUUCUCAUCUGCCAACGUUUUACCCUCCAGCCCCCUUGCAAUACACCAUGACAAACAACAUCCGACACCCCCUGAGGCAAAAGCCUCCGCGCAUGGGCGAGAUUUUCUACUCGCGGUUUAUACCUAGCGUCGGGCGAUAUCUGUCGUUCCGUGCGGCAUCCCUCUCGCCCAAACCUGUACCUCAUCUAGGACCUGUUGGACAAGGUGCUGAAGAGCAUGCUCACCUGCGAACGCUGACCGACAGCGCCCUCCUUGAGACGUGGCUAUCAAAUCCACGAGUCACGGCCUUCUGGGGCGAAUACCAUCCUCAUCUCAUAUCCGAAGCUCUUCGGUCUCGCCAUUCCUUCCCGGCCAUCGGGAUGUGGGACGGAGUCCCGUUUGGGUAUUUCGAGAUAUACUGGGUGAAAGAAGACGCGUUAGGUAUGCGUAUGGGUAACGAUGCCCAAGACUUCGAUCGGGGGUUGCAUGUACUGGUUGGUGAGGAAUGGGCAAGAAGAAGAGUGCCAUAUUGGUUGACCAGUCUCGUCCACUGGUGCUGGCAAACAGACUAUCGCACGAUGAAUAUCUACCUUGAGCCGAGAGUGGAUAACCACAGGUUCAUUCAGCACCUCCAGGACGCCGGCUUCGCGAAAGAGAGACAGCUCGCGUUUCCGCACAAGCAGGCUUGGCUUUGCCGACUGAGACGAGAUGCUUGGGAUGGGCCAGCUUUGUGA